AUGUUCGAUAUCAAGAAGCAGGUCCUCGCUUUCAGCCUGAUGGCAUCCCUGGGGAUAGCCAAGACUACAGGCCUUGGGUUCGCAGAGGUUGACUUGGUCUUCCCCCGAAGCGGCACCUUUGGGCCGAUGACACUCACCCCCAUCGUUUUCGCAAUUCAGAACCCUGCGGCGAUUGAUCGACUCUAUCCCUAUAUUUAUUACGGACUGUGGCCAGUGGAUCUCCCGCCGGGGAAUCAAUCACUGGCCAGCAAUCUGGCGCGAGAACAUCUGCCCAAUACAACAGAUACAAAGGGCUCUGUGGCAUUCCUUGAAGCUAGCAUCGCAAACACGCUGAACACCGAGAAUGACUGGGAGUUUGUCUGGGAAUUGGACUGGGCCAACUGCUCGACGUCGGCGAACGAGACCACUUCGGACGGUGAGCCCAAAGUCAACUUGAACCACCCAUGGGCAGGCCAAUCCGUCCGCUUUACUACGAAGAAAGGGGCAAACCAGCCUAAUUUGACCGCUCUCACUGCCGAUGACAAAUGCGGUGAUGCCUCCGCUCUUGCAUUCAACGUCACAAAGACCCUGGAAGCCCAAUCGGGUUACUAUGAAGGCGAAGAAUGCGCCGUGCUCGCGAGUCCCGCGCCUACGCCUGCUCCUUGCAAGGUCAGUGUCUCACCGGCGGCCGCCUCAAGCAUCUCGUCCAUCCUCACCGCAGCACAGUGCGCUGUUCCUACCCCUGGUAUAAGCUGUCCACCUAAAAAGGGCGCAGCUACUGUCAACAAUGCGGCCUCUCAGCUGACAUGGUGGGCUGCUGGUAUGCUACUUGUUUGUGAGUUGUUGAUUUAG